AUGGCAACUCAAGAGCUCCAGGAGCUUCCGGCUCCUCAUUCGGAGUUGGUCAACUACAUCGCUGGCCACCCUGAGAAGUCUAUGGUCGAGAUUUUGGACCCCUAUCGCCGCUAUGAGGCUCAGCUACGGUCGGUCUUUGCCCAAGAUCGCAACAGCACCCUUCUCAAUGACCCUUAUGUGAACCUCCUUCCCAUGUUUAACGAGAACACGAAGAACAUCAAGACGCGUGCUCGCAACCUCUCUGCCGAGUCCGAGGAGGAGAAGAGCCGCUAUAUCAUGUCACUCCCUGAUGACAAACGCCGCGAAGACGGAUCUCCCGCUGUGGUUCAGUCGAUCGCAGAAUUUCGCAAGAACUUCAGCGUCUUCUCGGAGUCGUCUCUGGUCGACAUGGACUGGAGCAACGUCGUGGCCGCAGGCUCCUCUGUUGUCAACACCCUACUCCCCGUACCGCCCGAGUUCAACACCAACAAGCGCAAGCUGCGCGAGUACUACCACGAAAAGUUUUGUCCUGCUUCCGACGUUGAUCUGUUCCUGUACGGCCUGACCCAUGAUGAGGCCAUUGAAAAGAUCAAGCAGAUUGAGCAAGCUAUUCGUGAUGCCAUAUUGACCGAAGUCACCGUUGUUCGGACCAAGUACGCCAUUACGAUUGCCUCUCAGUACCCGACGCGUCAUGUUCAGAUUGUUCUUCGCGUGUACAAGUCUAUCGGCGAAAUUCUCACUGGCUUCGACAUUGAUGCUGCCGGCGGCGCCUACAAUGGCAAGCAGGUCUAUGUGACGCCGCGUGCUCUGGGCAGCUUCAUCACCCAGAUCAACCACAUCGACCUUACCCGACGAAGCCCGUCCUAUGAGAACCGUCUGUCCAAGUACAGCCAUCGCAAUUUCGAGAUUUACUGGCCCGAGUUGGAUCGCAGCCGCGUGGAUCCCACCAUCUUUGAACGGAGCUUUCAGAGAACCCUAGGCCUUGCUCGUCUCCUUGUCCUUGAACGUCUGCCAACCUCUUCCGUUCGCGAUUCUUACCUUGACAAGCGUAGAGAAGAGCGUGGUCGACCCGCAAUCAAUCGCAACUUCCAGCACCGAGUCUGGGGCAAUAUCAAGGACGCACAUGAGGACGAAAUUGCCGAUUGGGUUGACGAAACCGAGGUCUCUAACUAUCACACCUUCAGCGUUCCAUAUGGUGAGAGGUUCAACGCAAAGAAGAUUGAGAAGCUCUGCUAUACCAAGGAUCUUCUCUUGAAUGCCGAGUGGAACCAGCACAAGGACCGUCAAGUCUACCUUCAUCGCCAUCCCGCCUUCUUUGGACGUGUUCAGGAUGUCAUUGAAGACUGCUGUGGGACUUGCCCAAAUGCGGUGACCCCUGAGGAGAUCGAGAUUGCCGAGAAAGAGGCAGACGUCUACAUUUCCGGCCCCGUUAGUUUCCUCAUUGACGACCCUGGCCGGCAACAGAUCGGCUCCUUCAACCCUCUGACUCAGGACGACUGGACUGAUAUGGCGUACGUCGGCAACACGGCUCGUCUUUGCCAAAGCAUCGUCGAUGGCAACGUCGAUGAAGUUCUGGACUGGCUAUCUCAGGAGGGCGCUGAUCCAAACCAGCGUGAUUAUACUGGAAGAGCACCGCUGCAUCUUGCUGUCAUGAACUCUACGCCCGAUGUUGCCCGCGCUCUUGUUGAUCACGGCGCACGCUUAACCGCUCGUCUGGCUGACGGAAAUACGGCCCUGCAUUUGGCAGCUGAGCGUGGGAAUGUCGAGAUGGUGAGGAUCCUCAUGGAAAGGAGCAUCACUAACGAAGCCGAGGAGGAGGAGAAGCAAGAUCUUCGACGCAAGGCUCUCAAAGAAGCCGCCUCUGGGAAACCUUCAGAGGCUACAAAUGUUACUGAUCACGAAACGGACCCAGAGUCGGAUGCCGAUUCUGAUUCCGAUGGAGAAUUGAUCGAUGGCGAGGGAACCGAGAUUGAUGCUCGCACGAUGGCUACUGGGUCGUUCGUCGAUGUCCAGAAGGCAAAAGAAGAGGAGACGGAUGAUGCCGCACUGAACGGUGCGCCCGACGAGCCUGACUUCUACAAGAGUGACGUUCUCGCUUGGGAUAUCCCUUGCUCCCCUCUUCACCUGGCCAUCGCUCAAGGCCAUGAGGAUGUUGUGACAACGCUUUGCAACUAUGGGAGCGAUGCUCUUCUUCCAGUCAAAUUCCUGGAUGAGGAAAAGCAGCCAGAGGCGGCUCUCUUGACACUGGUUCUUGCACUUCGAUUGCCGGAGGACAAGGCCAAAUCCAUGGCGAAGCUCCUUCUCAAGCUCGGCGCCACUUCAUCUCAAGCAGACCUCGAAAGCUGUACCGUAUUCCAUCGAUACGUGGCUGAAGGCAGCCAUACUCUGGUAGAAACACUCUGGGACAACGACCAGUCUGGAACCAAGUCCGCAAUCAACCAUCUGGUCCCUGCCCACGGAUACUACAGGAGCAAAGUUGUUGGCCCGCUUCAUUCUGCAAUCCAGAACGAAGACACCGACCUCGUCCUGAAGCUUCUCAACGCUGGAGCGAAACACUCGAUUGAUUUUGCGACCUGGCUCAAAGCGGCUAAGAUGUCGAAGGGAGCCGAUCAGCUCGGAGACUACCAGCAGAACCAAAACAAAUUUGCCAGAUCUGUGGAGCAGCCUCUCAUCGUGGCUGUCAAAUAUUGUGUCGACCUGGAGGUAGCCAUGAAGCUGGUGGAAAUGGGCGCAGAUCCUAACACACCCACCAGCCAAGGGCAGACGGUCAUGCACGAUGAAUGGCAGCGCAAGUACAACCGGGGAGAGACUGUACUGGAUGUUGUUCACGAUCAGCUCAAGAAUCUACGCAAGUACAAGGGUGAGCGUCACAAUCUACGCAAGCCACAGUUGCAUCAAGGUAUGCAAGAGCGACUCGACAGCCUGAACAAAAACUCUUACGAGUACCUGGCCACGAAAAAGGAUGUGAGGUCUCGUGAGAAGAAGUUCAAGGAAGAGACCAAGGCCUAUGAGGAAGACCUGAAGAAGCAUGAAGAGAAACAGAAGGGCCGCGACCUCAAGGAGACAGCCAUCAAGGAGGUCAUUGCCGAUCUGGAGAAAUUGGAGCAGAUGUUGAUCGAAAGGGGGGCCAAGACGUUCUAUGAGGCCUACCCCCAAGUCCCUGAGCCAGAAGAACGCUCAGGCCGCUACCGCUACCACUACGACAGCGACACUGGUGACGAGAAGAAGAAGAAGGAGGAAAAGCAGCCGGUCUACGAGUGGCAGAUCGCUUUUGUUGGCGCUAGUGAUAUCACAGAAGUUCGAAGGCUUGCCUACGUUGAACUGCUUGAAGCUGCCUGGAACGCUGACCUUGAGAAGAUUAAGUCACUCACCCUCCAGGCCUGGGGUGAGGAUCAGGCCGAACCUCCUCUGAAGGCUUCCGUAACCACCUCCGACGGCAGCACUCCGUUCUCGCUCGCCUUCUUGCGUGGACAUCGUGGUGUGGCCAAGGAGAUUCUGGAGAUCAUUAAAGCUCAGUACUCUCCUGUUGAGAAGGACAAGUCGCGUUACACACUCGAUACUGGCAACCCGGACGAUGAUGACUCGGACGAAGAUGGUUCUGAAGAGGACUCUGACGAAGACAGCGCGACACAGGGAAACCCUGGCCACCCCAAGAUCGUGGCAUUGGCAGUGGACAAGAAGUUUACCAUCGAUAAUAUUGGCCAGGUGUCGAUGCAUGUGGAUUCACACGACAAGCCCAUCAAGAGCCUGACCAGUCGAGUCAUGUGCUUCACAACUAAAGAUGCGGAUGAGGACGAAGAGAAUGCUCAAGAAACCAUCUUCGAGACUCUCUUCGGCCACGUUAUGAGGCAUGACGACCAUUCAGGCCUGAAAUUCUUGCUGGACCUCGCUGCUCACUACUCGGGUGAGAAGCUGGAAGGAGAUACCGACGAGGAAGACAACGGAAGUUUCUUUUCCUUCCCAGAGGACGCUUUCGUGUGGGCUGUUGCGAAUGGAAAGACAGGCGCCCUCGCCGAGAUUAUCAAGAGAUUUGGCGCAGGAAUGCCUCUUGACCAUCUCGUCAAGAAGAGCGGUGUGGAGCUCAAGCAGAAGCCGAAGUACUACCAAGGCCUCUCAGUGUACGGCAAGAAGAGAAAGGAUUGGGCUACUGCCGGUCGUAACCUCGUCGUGAGACAGACUGGGCUCAAGACUCCGCCUCUGCUUCACGCUGCUCUCGGAGGCAGUAUCGAGUCGGUCGAGUGGUUCCUUAGUGACGCCCCGCUCCGUUGCUACGUAGAAUUUGGCCAGUCGAAGACGGCGAGCGAGGAUCCGAGACUGAAGCAUCUCAGUAACGCUCCUGGUGGAUUCGACCGAGCUGUUGGUAAAUGGCUCGGCAUUCAAAACGAAACUGUCCUCCACUGUGCUGUGAUGGGCCCCUCCAACGAGAAGACCAACAAGGUCAUCCAGUACUUGAUCCAAGCCUGCCCAAGCUCUCUGGAGUACAAGACAACGUCGGGCGACACUCCUCUCUGGCUCGCCUUUCACCUUGGCCGCGUUGACUUUGCCAAGACUCUCAUCGAAGCUGGAGCGAACCAAUCUGUGCGCAACAAGCAAGGUCAAAACAUUAUCCACGCAGCGCUGCAAUGGCUUCCAAAGGCUCAUAACCUUAAGGAUUUGUUGGAGCUCAUGGACGACAAACUCAGGGCUCACCUUCUUCUGCAAAGAAGCAACCUACAGGACGAGGGAACAACUCCCCUCCACUCGUGGGUUAACAAGUUCCCGGAUAGCUACGACCACACCAGGUGGACGAAGUACGCCAACAAAGAGGAAGCAACUGCAGUUCUAGAUCUGCUCCUUGGUUACUCUGAGGGAGCUGAACUGGCCAUGCUCAACGGUGCCGGCGACACACCUCUUCACUCAGCAGUCAAUAAGAACAGCAUGGUGCUUAUCGAGGCCCUUUUGACCUACAGGCCAAGCUUGCUCUACCGCGAGAAUGCCGUGGGCCGCACCCCCGCCGAGGUUGCGCAUACCCGCGUCAUCAGCAAGCGCUUCGAUCAGCCACGCUCUCUGCCAUCGCACUUUAAUGACUGGAACGGGCCAAGCAAUCUUCCCCAGCGCAAUGCUGACAACUUUGUCAAUCAGAAGCACGGCCGCGACAUCAAGACCCAAAGCAAGGACAAGAAUGAAGAGACAUGGGACCUCCUUGCUGAGCAUCUUGAACGCCAUCCCGCCUCCCGCAGGCUCGUGUCGCUUUCCGAGGCCAACGACGUUGCGAAGCGUCUGGGCGAGGAGUACAAAGCAUCGCGGUACUUCAGCAUUCAAGCGCGUGGUGAUGACGACGACGACGAGAAGGCAGAAGAAGACGACGAGACGAGUCUUGAUUUUGCCUCGACGCAAAAGUCGAGCCUGGGCUGGCAGGCCUGGAAGCCGGACAAUGCGGAGCAGGAGUCGGCCGAUGUCUGCGUCGGAUGCGGCGAGCGGCAUGACUAG